AUGACGGGAUCAGUUGGGCCAACUGCGGACAAGCCAAAGGAGGCCGAAUUGUCCGCUGGGAGAAUACUGAAUGAGAAGCAGACAGAUUGGAGGUCAAUGUGGAUUUGCAUAUUCCUUCAAUUCGUAGUUGGAGUUCAAAUUUCUGUGUAUUACAUGUCAAUGUGGCCGUAUUUGAGUGGCCUUGAUAAAAACGCAGAUUUUGAUUUUAUGGGAUGGAUCGUUGCAGCUUGCAGUAUUGGAUCAUCGAUAAAAACCAUGUCUGUCAAAUGGCCAGCAAUAUUUGGUUUUCUGAUGGCGGCUGCUGGACAAGUGUGGUACGGUCUACUGACAGUAGCCACAAAUGCCAAAUGGUGGAUGCUCUUCGCUAGAUUUUUCACAGGAUUUGGAGUAGGAAACAUUGCGGUUCUUCGGGUUUACGCAGCUACUGCAUCCACCACAAAAGACAGAAUGCGAGCAAUUUCUUUUGGAACUGCGGGCUUUGUUUCUGGAAUCUCAUUUGGACCUGUUAUUUCCGCAGUGUUCACACCGCUCGGUGCAGACGGACUUCGAAUUGGUUUUCUUGUGUUCAAUAUGUAUACAGUAGUCGCAUAUCUGAUGGCGUUGACUUGUUUCUUAUCAUGCAUUGUCAUUUACAUUUUCUUCGAGGAGAGUUACGCUGGAAUUGUUACGAAGGAAGAGAAGGAAAAUGAUGAUCUGGUUGUACCAAUGUUCGAUAUCCCUGGAUCUAUUAUUUGCAUUUACCUGUUCAUGAUUAUCAAUAUUAUCUCAACAAAUGUGGAAGUAAUGUCUACACCAUUGACCACCGUACUUUACGACUGGAAGGAUAGUGAUGCAAUUUUGUACAACGGUAUUACCCUCGCAUUGAGUUGUAUCGUUUCUGUGACCUUUCAUGUGAUUCUGGGAACUAGUCGAAUUGGAAAAAUGGACAAGAGGAAUCAAAUGUUGAUCGGAAUAUUUGUGUUCCUUCUCUAUCAUGUAUGCAUGUACCCAUGGGAGUUCUACUCAGGACCAUUGAAUUUCAUACCAGAAGGCGUUGAGACUACAGAAGCGGGAGGAUGCUAUGCUGAGUAUCUAUGGUGCCAUGACACAACACGUGUACCAUUAUAUGUAUAUCUGUUCUGUUUUAUUGUGUUUUUCGGAUUGGCAUUCCCGUUCGUAGAGACACCGGCUGCAGCCCUUUUUUCGGAAGUUUUGGGUCCAAGAAAACAGGGAACAAUGCAAGGAUUCUUUUCACUUGGAGGAAGUAUUGCACCUGUGAUUGGCUCCAUUACAUCCACGUAUGUUUUGCUCCAACAUUUUAGAAGUCAAACUUUUUUCAGAGCCCUUUUCAAAUAUACGGGUUACCGUUAUAUCAUUGUACUUCAAAGUGUGAUUCUUGUUAUCGGAGGAGCUCUCAUUUUGAUUUUCUACAAGAGGCUGGUACCAUUGAAUUUGAUCAAAAAGACGGAGAGCGAAAAAGUGACAAACUGA